UGCUCCACUUCCUGAUGUCAGUCAAACACGACGAAUGGGGUUGACGUGACAACGGAGAUAAAACAUUUGACAAACUAUGGAAGGGAACCGUUUGGACUUCUACAUCGGUCUCUCUCUGGCUAUGAGCUCCAGUGUUUUUAUCGGUGCAAGUUUCAUCCUGAAGAAAAAAGGCCUGCUGCGAUUGGCCAGCAAGGGUUCAAUGCGAGCAGGUCAAGGGGGGUAUGCUUACCUGAAGGAAUGGCUCUGGUGGGCAGGACUCAUUUCAAUGGGAACUGGAGAGGCCGCCAACUUCGCUGCAUAUGUAUUUGCGCCGGCCACACUGGUGACUCCUCUUGGAGCAUUGAGUGUACUUGUAAGUGCCAUGCUGUCCUCUUACUUCCUGAAUGAGAGGCUGAAUGUGCAUGGGAAGAUUGGUUGUUUGCUGUGCGUCUUGGGCUCAACGGUGAUGGUGAUCCAUGCCCCGCAGGAAGAGGAGGUUGCCUCCCUCGGUGCCAUGGCUGAGAAGCUCAAAGACCCAGGUUUCAUUGCGUUUGCUGUGUGCGUUGUUGGAAGCAGCCUUGUUCUUAUCUUUGCUGUGGCUCCGCGGUUCGGACAGAAGAAUGUGCUGGUCUACAUCCUGAUCUGCUCUGUGAUUGGCUCCCUGUCUGUGUCUUGUGUCAAGGGCCUUGGCAUUGGCAUUAAGGAGCUGUUUGCUGGGACAGCGGUGCUGCAGGAACCCCUCUUCUGGUCGUUAAUCAUCUGCUUGAUAAUCUGCGUCAGCGUUCAAAUCAAUUACCUGAACAAAGCCCUCGACAUCUUCAACACCUCCUUAGUCACGCCCAUCUACUACGUCUUCUUCACCACCUCAGUCAUGGCCUGCUCAGCCAUUCUCUUCAAGGAAUGGUUGAGUAUGAGCACUGACGGAGUUGUGGGAACAAUAAGCGGGUUCCUCAUAAUUAUUGUGGGGAUCUUCUUCCUCCAUGCCUUCAAAGACAUUACAUUUAUCUUAGAUUCCCUCCCACUCUACCUGAGGAAGGGUCCAUGGGGGCACGAGCCUUAUGUGGCUCUUCCCAGCCAUGAAGCGCAAGCAGAGGAUGAGAUAAAACUACCCAGAGAAGGAAGUUCAAAGGGGGGCUGGAGUACGCACCAGAGGACUCCUUAAGGAGUACUAAUAGACUUUUCACUACUGAGAAAAAUUGAUGAUGGCAAUUCUUAAGAUUUACUGCACAUCACAGCGUGGCAAGUUAGUUUACUAAAUCUGAACUUCAAGUCUGUCUUGCACAAUUCAGUAUGCACUGGAUGAACAAAGUUGCCUAAAGUGAUCAUAAUGUUCCUGUCCGCACACUGGAUUUCAUAUUAAAUUUACAUUUUUAGUUAAACACAAUAGUACAUCCACAUCUGAAGUAAAAAAAAAGAAGGAAUUAUGAUCUGAAGUAUAAUUAUGUACUUUUUUCUUUUUACAGUAUAUUAAAUUUAAAGAAUUGAAGUUUGAAUAUUAGACAUGCAUAAACCAGAUUGUGCCUCGUUACUGAAAAUAUUAACCUUAUUCAUAGGUUUGCACUUUUACCUUAUCAUAUUGUACAUAUGUAUGAUUUAAUAAGACCAAUGUAAAGGAAAAAAGAUUUUCCCUUAAUGCAUUUCUAUCAGCUGAUGAACAUGUAUGAUGAACAUGUAUGAGUAAUCCUCUGAUGCGUUACUGUUAUACCUCAGUGUUAUAUACAAACCACACCAAAGAAUGUUCUUUCCCUGUGUGGAUUCAUUCCCAACAUGUGCCAAGCUGUAAUGGAACUUGUGUGUUUUUAAAUAUGCUGAUUAAAUCAUAACUACAACAUUA